UACUUGACGAAUUUUCCAACUCUAGAUGAAAUAGUUAGAGAAAAUGGUGAUAAAGGAUUGUCCGCAAUUCUUGAAAAUGAAAUAGCAAAUCAUCGUGAUAUUCUAUUUAUAGCCAUUGAGAAUGAAAAGUCAAUAGAAAAGAUAAAUAGAACUUAUUGCUAUGUUUUCUUUGACAUUCGCGUACCAGAUGGAGAAACUCCAGAUAAAUGCAAAGAAAAGAUGAUCGAAAUUCUCUCUGGCAUCGUGAAAUCAUUUAAAAUGGAGCAUAUUAAAGCAUUUCCUUUCCACAGAUACUAUACUGAAAAAAAACCAUAUUUACGAAUUUAUACAAAUGGUACUGAAGAGAGAAAGAGAGCCAUCAAAGCUGUUCAAGAUAAUAAUUUCGAAAUUGCUUCAGAUGAUUUAUACUCAUUCCACCAAAAGGCAAAGAAUGCUAUUAAGCCUCCUGAGGAAGGCGAGAAGGAUCCAGAGGAAAAAGAAUAUAUAGACG